AUGCAGUCCAUUGCUAAGCUCGUACGAAGAAUCGUGAUUCAAAAUUUAGUUGACAGUUUAUUGUACCCUUGAAACGCAAACAUGUCUUUCGACCUGGAUAUAUCUCCUCUAAAUGAGGAAUGCCAAAAAAUGGCUGAAAAGGAGUUAAACGAAACCCCAGAAACUGUAGAAAAAUCAUUGAAAGAGUUAAGAGAACUUAUACAAGGUGAUGAAACUCUUAACUUUGCCGAUGAUGAUGCCACAUUGACCAUAUUCCUCAGGCCAUGCAAAUGGUACGCCAAAAGUGCAUUUGAACUGGUCAAAAGAAUUGCUGAAUUCAAAAAGAAGUACCACGAUCAACUACACGACUUGAUGCCUGAAGACGUGAAAACCUAUGUAAUCGACUACAAUGUCGUUAAUAUCUUAAAGGGCAGAGAUCACUUGGGAAGAAGAGUUCUCAUCGUGCACUGUGGUGAAACUUGGGAUACCUCCAAAGUAACCUCGGACAUCAUGUUUAAAAUCUUCUUCCUUAUCCACGAAUCCGCCGUUUUGGAACCUGAAACCCAAGUUAGGGGUGUUGUAGUGAUCAUGGACUUCAAAGGUUUGGGAAUGAGCCAAGUUAGGGCUUUAAGUCCAGCUUUCAGUAUGAAACUUUUGGCUUUCAUCCAAGACGCCAUGCCAUUGAGACUUAAGGAAGUUCAUAUGGUUAACCAGCCCUUCAUUUUCAAUAUUGUGUGGAAGAUAUUCAAGCCUUUUAUUAGGGAAAAACUAUCCAACAGAAUUUUCUUCCAUGGUUCAAAAAUGGAGUCCCUCCACAAACACCUCCAACCAAGUCAUUUACCCGCAGAUUAUAAAGGAGAGCUCCCCAAAAUUGACUACACUAGUGCCCAAUGGUACCCUGCAUUGGAACUCUACAUGGACCAUAUGAAGAAGUGGAGCAAAUUCGGCUACAAACAGUAAAUAGUAUUAUGAUUUUGUACAAUAUUUAUAAAUAAAGUAUUUUAUAAAAAAA